AUGUCCAAACCGCAAAACGUGGAGGUGAACGAAAAUAUUUCCGAUCCGAUGCACCCAGCGCAAACAUCCGAACUAGGCCAUCUCGCAAAUCAGGAAGACCAUGAGGUGGGAAAGCUUGCAUCAUUUCGCAAGUAUCCCUUUGCUUGCGCGUGGAGUGUAUACAUGGUCUGGGUGGUCUUGCUCGUGAGCUUCGAGAACCAGGCAGCAGGAAACAUCAUUGGCAUACCAGAAUUCCGGAAAGACUUUGGUCAUGAGUUCACCGCCCCAGAUGGAACCACUAGCUAUGUAAUUGAUGCAAAGUGGCAGUCUGCAUUCCAAGGCGCGCCUGUAGCCUCCGCAAUCGUUGGUGCCCUUGGAUGCGGUGCGCUUGCAGACUGGCUUGGCCGUCGACUGGUGGUAAUGGUCUGCAUAGCCUUGUCGUUCGUUGCUAUCACCAUGGAGUUUGUCGCCACAACGAAUGAGCUUUUUUUUGGCGGAAAAUUCCUGAACGGCUUCCUAACAGGCGCCUUGGCUUCGGUUACAGUCACUUACAUUGGAGAAGUUGCUCCACUGAAACUUCGAGGAAUGCUCACAUGCCUAACUGCUCUGGCUUACACUCUUGGACCGCUUACCGUCGCGCUGAUCGUCAACUCUACUGGCGUCUACACCAAUCGAUGGGCAUAUCGUGCAGUCUUCUGUGCUCAGUAUGGCUUCGCUGCCGUCGCCGCAUUGUUUGUGUGGUUCAUGCCGGAAUCACCUUGGUGGCUAGCGUCCAAAGACCGUCAUAGUGACGCACUCCGGGCGCUGAGCGGUCUUGGUCACCGCGGUCAAGAAGGUGAGCGAAAGCUCGCACAAAUUGUUACCACCUUAGAAGAAGUCAAGCGCGAAACUGAAGGCGUCACGUAUCUCGAGUGCUUCCGAAAAUCCAACUUACGCCGAACCAUUAUCUCGAUCGUGCCACUCUCGAUUCAGGCACUCAGCGGUAUAGCUUUUGCGGCGUCAUACAGUACCUACUACAUGCAGCUUGCAGGUUUUAGUACGGCGGAAUCGUUCAAAUUACAGAUCGUUCAACAAGUGAUCUCCCUUGUUGGCAACGUCAUGUCCUGGUAUUUGGUCGAUCGUGUCGGACGGCGCAACCUGACAUUCUGGGGUCUUUUCGUACUGACGAUCAUCCUCUUCGUCAUGGCUGGCCUUGCCACGGUUGGAAGCCCAUCUGCGCUCAAGGGUGCCAUUUCCAUGAUUUUGCUGUACUGCUGGUGGUACAAUGUCACCAUUGGAGCAACCGCUUACACGAUUCUUUGUGAGACCAGCACAUCUCGACUCCGAGUCAAGACGAUUGCAAUUGGCCUUGCUCUCCAGAAUGCGCUCAACACCAUGUGGUCCUUCGUGUUGCCUUAUCUCUUCAACCCCGAUAAGCUCAACUUGGGAGGCAAACUGGGGUUCAUCUUUGGUGGUUUAUCCGUGAUCUGUAUGGUUUAUCUGUGGUUUUACCAACCAGAAACAGCAGGACGAACUUAUGAAGAGCUCGAUGAAAUGUUCUCCCGGAAAGUCCCCGCCCGCCAAUUCAAGACACAUCGCACAGAUGCUCAGGCGAUGGGUGAAGCAGUCAAGGAGAAGAGUGCAUACUAG